CUCCCAUCGGAUCCCCACAGAGGCCACGCCGCUUCCGGCCCUCCCCCCCGCAUCCCACUCUGUCUCGCUCGCCGGCCGCCGCAGCCAAGGCAAGACGCCUCCUCCCCACACCCGAUCUCCCCUCCCACCUCCGAUCGCUACGUAAACCCCACCUCCUCCUCCUCCCGCUUCGCUUGCCGCGCAAACCCUCGCCAUUUCAAAUCCCGCCCAAACCCUAGACCCCCUGCCCCGCAUGGUCGGUCGGGCCGCCGCGACGGCGGAGGCGGCGAGCUGCGACCCGCCGCCGGAGCCCGAUGCGCCGUCCCUCCAGGUCGGUGCCGCCGAUGAGCAGGACGACGCUCAGGCGGGAGCGGCAGCGGGGCCCCCGCCUCCUCCGCAGCAGGCCGGCGACGCUGAUGAGGGGGAGGACGUUUCGGGUUCGCCGGCGGCCCCCCUGGGUGGGCGGUGCGGGGCGAUGAUGGAGGUGGUGGGGAAGGACGGCGGCGGGGGCAAGUGGAAGGUGUCCAAGCUGGUGGUGGAGCACAACCACGAGCUGCAGGUCGCCCCCAGUGAGGUCGCGGCGACCGUGCCGGCGCUCGGUAUGGAGUUCGACUCCGUGGACGCCGCCAAGGAAUUCUACUACAGAUACGGCGAGCGGGUGGGGUUCAAGGCGCGUCCGGGCUCUAACCGCCGCUCGGUGGGUGAUGGCGAGAAGAUCAUGCAGCGUUUCCAGUGCUGGAGGGGCAAUUACUCAAGCAGGAGGGGUAAAGGGAAGGAUUCGGAUGAGGGGAAGGAAGCAGAGGAGAUGGUGGAGGCUGCUGCCAGGAAGAGGAAGAGGGAGCCUUAUAAGACGAGAAGCCGCAAUGCUGGGAAGAAGGAUGCUGAAGUCGUUGAGGUGAAGGGUGUUGGGGUGGGAGGUCCUGGGAAUGGGCUAGAGGUGCAGAAUGGGAGGGGUUCCAGUUCCAGGAGGGGUAGGAGUAAGAAGGGUAUGGUGGAGCAGGAUGGGAAGUCUGUUGCUGGGUUGGAGGUGGAGAACGAUAGGGUACACGAUAAGGAGGAAUUGGAGGAUGAAGGGAAGGAUCAGGAGGGAGUGGAAGAGGAGGUCCAGGUGGAAGUGAAGAGAGGGAGGGGGAGGCCCAGGAAGGCUGUUACGGAGGAUGACGCCCUGCAGGCACAUGUGUUGAGGGAGCUCGGUGUGAGGGCGUCGCAGUACAAUCAUGAGGAGAGGAAGAAGAUACUCAGUAAGUACCUCUCGAAGCGACAGAGCAGACCUGCCUCAAGCAGGCCUACCAAGCCUUCACAGCAGCCUUCAGAAAGACGCUCCAAACGUCUUGAGAAGCAAAAUCUCAAACUGGAAGAGAAGGCAGAGGGCAAGGAAGAUGACAUAAUUGAAGCAGAACCAGAUCCAGAAGACGAAGUAGUUGCUGGACCUGGAGGAGAACCGAAGAUAGGUAUGGUUUUCCUGAAUGAGGAUAAGGCCUAUGAAUUCUAUGUCAACUAUGCUGAAGCUGAAGGAUUCAGUGUCCGAAAAGGCUUUUUGGACAAAACUGCGAAGAAUGUUACAAAAUCUCGAGCAUAUGUUUGUUCCAAGGAGGGAUUUCGUCCGAAAAAUAGUUCUGCUGAAUCAAAGAAGCCACGACCAGAAACAAGAACCGGUUGCCAGGCACACAUGACUAUUAAAAUUACAGCAAGUGGAAAAUAUGUAGUGACUGAAUUUGUGUCUGAUCAUAAUCAUGAUCGUGAAGCUCCUUUGGUGGACAUUCAGAUUUUGAAGUCACAUAAAUUGUUAGCAAAGGUACAACAGCCUCCCGAUCCACCAAAAGUUGUUUUGAUUCCAAUUGAGUAUAAAAAUUACACAAGGACAAAACGCAUAAAAGAUAUGCAAUUAGGUGAUGCCCAGGCCAUCAGUGAAUAUUUACGAAGGAUGAAAGGCGAGAAUCCUUCUUUCUUUUAUGCCAUUCAAGUGGAUGAAGAUGACCAAUUCACAAAUGUAUUCUGGGCUGACAUUAAAUCAAUAAUGGAUUAUAAUUACUUCGGCGAUGUAGUGUGCAUCGACACAAGAUAUUGCACAAAUGAUUAUGGGAGACCUCUACUGUUGUUUAUUGGUGUUAACCAUCAUAGGCAGCCAAUAAUAUUUGGUACAGCAUUGAUUUAUGAUGACUCAGUUCAAUCCUUUAGAUGGUUGUUAGAGACCUUCAAAUCAGCUAUGAGUGGAAAACAGCCAAAAACAGUUUUGACUGAUCAAUCUACAUCACUUAUUGAUGCAAUUUCUUCUGUUUGGCCUGGGACCACCCACCGCUUCUCACUGUUGCAUCUAUUUCUGACUGCUAGCAAUGCAUUAAGGGACAACUUCCAAGAUUCAGAAACUUUUGCACUUGAUUUUAGUAGGUGGCUGUAUGACUAUGAGGAAGAGGACUUCAUUUCAAGUUGGGAAAUCCUUUCGGAGAAGUACAAUUUAAAGGAUAGUGAGUGGUUAAGUAAAUUGUACGAUGAUAGGGAAAGAUGGGCUUUGCCAUAUGGGCGUGAUACAUUUUGUGCAGAUAUUGCAGCUACAUUAAGAAGUGAUAACACAGAUACUAUCCUGAAAGAUCUCCUUAAAUCAGAAGUAGAUCUUCGAACCUUCUUCAACAGUUAUGAUAAAUUUUUGGAGGAAAAACGUCUAGCGGAACAACAAGCUGACUACCUUGGGGCUCAAAUGACACAAAGGGUAGUACCACUGCGGUUGCUUUGGCAAGCUGCUAAUUCAUAUACUCCAUCACUUUUUGAGAUGUUCAGGACGGAAUUUGAACAGAUUUCGGACUGCAUAGUCUAUAGCUGUGGUGAGCUUGGACCGAUAUCUGAGUACCAGGUAACUGUCAAAGACAGGCCUCGGAGUCAGUUUGUUAGGUUUGAUUCGACUGAAUGUAUGGCUGUUUGUAGUUGUAAGAAGUUUGAAUUCACAGGCCUUCCAUGUUGUCAUGUAUUGAAAAUUCUUGAACUGAGAAAUGUCAAAGAACUUCCACCACACUAUAUUCUGAAAAGAUGGAGAAAAGAUGCUCAAAGCGAAGCUCCUGGAGAGAGCUAUGGCUAUGCAGCCAUAGAUGAAGAUCCCAGGUUUUCAUCAUCAAGGCGGUAUAAUACAUUGUGCCGAACUUUAUACAAAAUUGCAGCAAAAGCUUCUGAAAGCAUUGAAGCUUAUGCAUUCCUGGAGAACCAAUAUGAACAGCUUGUGGAACAAGUGGAGGUACUUUUGCAAGCAAAGUUGCAUGAUAAAUCUUCCUUAAGUGCUAUCCUGAAAGGCCAUCAGCCACAUUUGCUUCAGAGUGAAGUCAGCAACAGUGAACCUCGCAGAGUAACUGCUAAGAAAAAUAAAAAUAUAGAGCCACGUCGCCAGCAACAAAGUCCUCUAGAUUCAAAUAAGAAAAAGGCUAGACAAGGUCUAAUGGAGCCUGAGGAAAUUGAUGUCCCACUAAGAGUUGUUCCUCCCACAGUAUCAAACGAUAUUCCAAAUCAUUUAAGAACUCCAACCAGUCAAUUUCUUGCACCAAGCCAUAUAAUGCAGGCACCAUAUGUUGCCCAGCAGUUUGGUCUUGGUUCUCUCCAGGGAUUCCCAGGCAUGUCACCAUUUGGGCAGCUUCAAGAACCAACAUCACUUCAACAAGCUUCUCAUCUGCAACCACCACCCUUUCAUAAUGGUCCUCAAAUCCCCCAGGCUCCACCUCCAGACAUACAAUCACUCCAGUUCAUUAGCAGCAACCCUCAACUGGGGCACCAGACUACGGAUCAAGGCCAGUACACCAUUCCAGUCUGGGAUUUCCUGUGAUGUAUAAUGUGGCAUAUGCCAACGUAGCAGUGUAUUUGUAAAUUAUGUAAUAGCCAAUAAUGUAGAAACAGCUCUGGAUUGCUCAACAUGUUUAUGUCAAUGAAAUCGUUGAGCAUGGUAAAAUUUGAACGGGACGUUCCGAGUUUGGCGCAAGUCAGCACAAAAUGAAGCCAAUCAAAGAUCUAGGCAGUGGCAUUUGUUUUGUCUGCCUUUAGCAGUUUGCUACUGUUUGGGCCUACAUUUCAGUGAGACCACAAUGGAUAGAAACGAAACUUAGCCGACAUCAGAAAGAAGGAAAGAAUUUUAUGGGUCAGUUGCAAAAACAUGAUUCUUCGAUAUAUCUAUGCUGAAAAAAAUAGUUCAAUACAA